AUCACAUCAUCGCUUACCGCUUUGCUAUGAUUAUUGCAUCUUAUGUGCCCCACAUAUUGAUGCGCGUUUAAUAUUGUUUCUCUAUCUACUCAUCAAAUCACGACUGUAAAUGUAAUUACAAAUCCAACCUCUGAAGGUAUAUAUAGAUGGCCAAAACAAGAUCAUCCACACUAGGGAUUGAAGAGUUGUGAAGUGGAGAAGAGAUGGCAGGUGAGGAAGAGACAGUGAGCAACAAACAGGUGAUAUUCAAGGGUUAUGUGAGUGGUUUUCCUAAAGAAACAGACAUGUAUUUGACCACUACUUCUACUAAACUCAAAGUACCAGAAGGUAGUAAAGCUGUUUUAGUUAAAAAUCUCUACUUGUCCUGUGAUCCUUACUUGCGAUUCCGCAUGUCAAAUAUCCCAUCUGAAGAUCCCGAGUUCUCUCCCUUUCAGCCUGGCUCUCCGAUAUAUGGAUUUGUAGUGGCUAAAGUGGUGGAUUCUGGGCACCCUGACUUCAAGAAAGGAGACUUGGUGUGGGGAGUAAACGGCUGGGAAGAGUACAGUCUUAUAACAGAGCCUGAGAGACUCUUUAAAAUUCCACAUACUGAUGUUCCCCUUUCCUACUACACUGGACUUCUUGGCAUGCCUGGCGUCACUGCUUACUUUGGAUUAACAGACAUUUGUUCUCCCAAGGAAGGAGAACGUGUGUAUGUAUCAGCAGCAUCUGGUGCGGUUGGUCAGCUUGUUGGACAGUUUGCAAAGUGGAUGGGCUGCUAUGUUGUUGGAAGUGCUGGAAGCAAACAAAAGGUUGAACUAUUGAAGAACAAGUUUGGUUUUGAUGAAGCUUUCAAUUAUAAAGAGGAGCAUGACUGGAAUGCAGCUUUGAAAAGGUAUUUCCCAGAAGGCAUUGACAUUUACUACGAAAAUGUUGGGGGCAAAAUGCUUGACGCAGUGCUUCCAAACAUGAGAGCACAUGGACGGAUUGCAGCAUGUGGAAUGAUCUCUCAAUACAAUCUGCAGCAGCCUGAAGGAGUACACAAUUUGGCUACCAUUAUUUUAAAGCGACUGCGGAUACAAGGAUUUAUAGCUUUCGAUUACUUCAGCCAGUACUCCAGGUUGUUGGACUUUGUUGUUCCUUACAUUAGAGAAGGAAAAAUUACUUAUGUGGAAGACAUAACUGAAGGCAUUGAGAAUGCUCCUGCUGCUCUGAUAGGCCUUUUCAGUGGCCGCAAUGUUGGGAAACAAGUAGUAGCAAUUGCUCACGAGUGAUUUAGCUUUCUGUUCAGAUCAUCUAGCUGCAGUGCUCUUGUUAUGUUUUAUACCGUGCAACCAUUGUAUGUAUAGUUUCUUUAUAACCAUGGAUUAUGGUGGGUUCCAUGUGAAUCACCAUACCAUAUAUAAUAAUUUCUUGUUUUGUAUUUGCUUACCUCUACUUGAUAAUAAAACGUCAUUAGGACAUUGGUCCUAUAGCAUUGCAGUGUCA